AUCACAUCCAAGUUGUAAACUGUCGUCAUCAACCAUCACAUACUUCCUUUUGACUUUUCAGAAUAAGAAUAACAUCAAUAAAAAAAAUAACGACUCAUACUCUGCAAGAUGUCUUCGAGCAAGAGUUAUAUUAUCAAGCAAUUGCUAACCAAGAUGCGCAAUCCAGACGCCGAUUUCAGAUUCAUGGCCCUGACAGACUUGAUCAAGGAACUGACUGCAAGGGUUCACGUGGGCGAGAAACCGUUUCACAUGGACGAGGCAAUCGAGAAAGAAACAGUCGAUCUGGUACUUGACAUGGUCAAAGAUAAGAACACCGAAGUCAAAAAUCAGGCAGUCAAGACAUUGGGUGUUCUCGUCAAAAGCGUCAGUGAUCCCAGGAUGACUCGAAUCGUUGACAAGUUAAUCUCCUACAGCGCUAACGAGGACGAACAACUACGUGACUUGGCUGGCCUAGCUUUGAAAACCGUGGUCACUGAAAUCCCAACAAAUUCCAAACUGGCACCUACGUUAUGCAACAAGCUCACUCCGAAAUUGAUCACACAGCUGCAAGACAUGCCUGCCUCCUCAGACACUUUAGUCACCCACCUUGACGUGUUGUCCGAUUUACUCGUCCGCUUCGAUAUCUAUUUCCGAUCAAACUCUUCCAUUCAAAGCCAAGCACUCAAAGCCCUCUUGCCCAAUCUUACCAACCCUCGAACGGCCGUGUCCAAAAGGGUAGUCACCACCUUAGGCUCCCUAGCAGGCUGUUGCAGUGAUGACAUCUUCUUCUCUCUCAUCUCGAAAACUGUGAUGCCCGGAUUGCGUAACACUGAACCCCUCAGAUUGAAGAAUAUCGUCUUCUUGGCCGGCGUCUUGGCUAGGGCAUCUCCUGAAAGAUUCGCAACUGUUCUCACUGAACUGGUGCCGUUGGUGGUAAAAGUCUCGGAAGUGGACGAAGAGGAAUUGAGAGAUACAAGUCUUCAGACCCUCGAAUCUUUGUUAUUGAAAUGCCCCACUGAGAUCUCGAGUUUCAUCCCUCUGGUCAUUAAUGCCGCCACUAAGGCUAUCCAAUACGAUCCUAAUUACGCUGGUGUGGAUGAAUCUGACGAAAUGGACAUCGAUGAGAAUGAAAAUGAGGAGGACGAUGAAGAUGCGGAGUUUGGUGAUGAGUACUCAGACGAUGAUGAUAUGUCCUGGAAGAUACGUAGAGCGGCCACCAAACUCUUAUCUACUUUGAUUGCUACUCGCUUUGAGCUUUUGCAGGAGCUUUAUCAGUCGGUUUCACCUGUGUUAGUUUCGAGGUUUGAAGACCGUGAAGAAAGUGUCAAGUUGGAAGUCUGGUCUACGUUCACCGUUCUGCUCAAGCAAACUAAAACCUUUUCGGGUUCUGAGGACCAAGGUCCUACAGAGAACGUUCUGAAACGCAAAAGGCCGGCAAUGUUAGAUGAUCAGAAGGCUAACGGGCCUCUGGGCUUGUUACGUGCUCAAUCACCCACCAUCUCGAAAUCGAUCAUCAAGUGCUUGAAUUGCAAGUCGAUCGCCGUCCGACAAAGCGGAUUUACGUUGUUGUACGAGUUGAUUAAUGUCUUGGGUGGCGGUUUGGAAACUCAAAUCUUGCCAUUGUUAGACCGGAUUGAGGCCUCUCUAAAAUCUGCGGAUGCCGGCGUUUCUGGCUCGGGGACCUCUCUCAAGAUGGAAGUCUACAAGUUUUUGACCUUAUUUUUCCGCACCCACCAUCCACGAUCUUUUACACCUGAGCUAGUCCGCUUCAUCAACCUGCUUCUGUCCGGCAUCAACGAUCAGUAUCAUCGAAUAACUAGUGAAGCCUUCAUAGCCGCAUCCUCUUUGAUCAAAGUCUUAAGCCCCUUGGCACCCUCUUCACCAGUCCAUUCUGAUUCUGCUAGCGCCCUCAAAGCAAUUUACGACGCGACCAUGAACCGUUUGAAUUGCUCUAGUGCUGAUCAAGAAGUUAAAGAGUGGGCAGCAACGUGUUACCAAGAUUUAAUUACUCACGCUGCCAACCUUUUCGAAAGCGAUUUUGGUAACUCGUUACCUAUCAUCAGCCAGCGUUUGGAUAACGAAAUCACCAAAUGUAGUACGCUUCAGGUUGUCACUCAAAUUGCCCGAUCACCCGUCCCCAAAGGGGAAACUUUUGAAAAUUGGAUCAGGCAAAUUAUUCCUGUCGUGGGAUCCUUCUUGCGCAAGAACAACCGAACCCUGAAGAUCUCGUCCUUCGAAUGUCUUAAUGCACUUCUCACACGAUCGAAUACUAAAAUUGACCCUCCAGUCGUCCAGACCUUGAUUUCCGACCUGCAUCCGAUGAUUGAUGUCAAGGAUCUACCCCUGUUACCUUUAGCAUUGAAAUCUCUUGGCUUCGUCAUCCCAUUUGCCUCGGACUUAUCAGCUACCGCCAAAGCCGAAUUACUUGAGCCUGUCUAUCAAAUCAUCCAGUCCGCUGCGAUUGCCCAGGGGCCGGCUCUAGAUGCCUUGAUAUCUCUUUUCUCUGCGUUGGUCGAGCACAAGCUGGAUCAGCCUGAAGUUUUGAUUGGUAGUUUGGUUAAUGCCGUUGAUCAAACCUCGACACUCGAGCAAGCAAAGACAGCGGUACUCACCAAAACUGGCGGAAUUAUGUCCCCAAAUGCUGCUUCUGGUUUGCAGCCUUACUAUACGGCUGCCCGAUGUAUCGGAGCAGUCGUUCGUGUACAGCCAGCGGCCGGGCUUCAAGUACUCGCAAACUUUACAUCCGUCUUACAAGAUCCUGCUGACAACAAAACUUCAGUAUUUUUCAGUCUGCUGUGCCUUGGUGAAAUUGGUCGUGUUGCUGAUCUGUCUUCUCAUCAUGAGGUCUUCAAGAGCGCAUUGACUAGGUUUGAUUCAUCAUCUGAAGACAUGCGAAAUGCUGCAGCCUUUGCCAUCGGCAACAUGGCCACUGGGUCUGCCGACGUUUUCCUUCCUAAUAUAUUUCAACUCAUCGGGACCACUGGAAAGCAUCGUCAUCUCCCACUUCAAGCCCUUAAAGAAUUCAUUGCCCAUGCGCCCAGCCCUAGCUUGUCCAGUCAUGCCGAUAGCUUGUGGGAUCCGUUAUUCGAUGCGGUGGAUGGUCAAUUAGAAACUUCCAGAAAUGUUGCGGCCGAAUGCCUCGGCAAGCUUACCCUUUCUGAUGCUAGCAAAUUCCUUCCAAGAUUACUGGCACGCCUUAAAUCGCCCUCCCCUCAGAUCCGAAUGUCGUGCAUGACUGCAGUCCGGUUCACGUUGACAGAUGACACGCCUGGAUUUGACGAACAAUUGGCGCCGUUUAUCUCUGAGAUCUUGGGCCACAUUCGGGAUACCGAUCUCUCCGUUCGAUCCUUGGCGUUAUCCGUCUUGGAUUCAGCCGCUCAUAACAAGCGGAACUUGGUCAGAGACGUUCUCCCCCAACUUUUACCCCACUUGUAUGCAGAGACUUCCGUCGAUCAAAGUCUUGUUCGGUUUGUCGAGAUGGGCCCUUUCAAACAUCGAGUCGAUGACGGACUAGAAACUCGCAAGUUGGCGUAUUCUACAAUGCUCACAUUGUUAGAGACUUGUCUUAACAAAAUCGAUAUCAACGAAUUCACCAAUCGAGUGUUGAGCGGUUUAUCGGAUGAAGACGAGAUCAAAGUGCUUUGUUAUUUGAUGCUGAUUCGGCUUUCGCAUAUAGCCCCGACCACCAUAGCGUCGCGUCUUGACCAAUCCAGCGAAGCUUUCUCGGCAACGAUCAACCUGAAACUGAAGGACAAUUCGGUCAAACAAGACCAUGAACGCACGGCCGAAUUACAGAGAUCGGCGCUUCGAGCUUUGGUUGCCCUUUUACGAGUAUCUUCGCCAAGCACUUCACCAAAAUUCUGUCAAUUGAUUAAAGAUACAAGUAAUCAUCCUACCCUGGGAUCAGACUUCAAAGAACUAGCUAAAACUAGUUCAUCUUUUGGUUCUUGAACCCCCCCAAAAAGCAUGUUGGGUCUUGUUGCAUGUCCUCCUCUCAUCUGCUUUCCUCAGCCAAUCUUUCCUUUUUCUUUUCUUCCUCUUCCUCCUUUUCUGCUGCUGCUACUCUAUUAUGAAUAGAAGAUUAACGAAAUGAAAAUGUAUCUUUACCUUUUUCCACAAACUCAGAAAGUGAGACUAUAUAUAUUCAUAAUUAUAGUAUGCCCUUUUCACUUUUUGAGAUGAAUGAUGAUUGUUACAAUGUUGGAUUGCUCAGAUGAACUGAACUUGCUUGGGUUCUCAACUGGAUGGGCUUGUUGUAGUGCUAUUUCUACCAUUAAAUUAACUGUAUGGAAAUUGUAUUGUGGGGACUUGGACUGCUGCUACCUGUAUUCAUCUAUGGGUCAUUCCAACUCUUUUGGGAGUGGGAUGAAUUUUACAGUGC